CAACUCCUCCAGUGAAUCAGCCUCAGGACUUUAUUCACGUGAAGAACUAGUAAGAUGGCCUGGGGCCGCCAUCAUUCAGUCUCCUGGUUCAAGACCUGUCCCUGGCACACUUCGAGAUCGGCCGCCACAUCAGACAGGGAUGAAACGCGGCAGUGUAUGAGGCCAGGCGGAAAUCUGCUGUGGCUGUUGUCACAGAAUCCGAAGAAACAGAUGCAGAAUCGGCAAUCGACAACGAAGAUUCAGAUGCAGAAAGCGACAUAACAGUGCUGUCCUCGACUAGCGAAGAUGCCAGCACCCCCGUCAUAUUCUCCGUUCAUGAGUAUGGUGAUCAUUGGCACAUCAGCGGUGGCAGCGAUGUCGAGAGUGAUGUUUUGGUACUGGACUGGACAGAUGAUGACGUGGAUAUUGAUUACAUAGAUAUAAAUAACAUGGAAGAGAGCCUAGCAAGUCAGACCCUUCCCCUCUCAAUUGCAAAUAUCAUAGAAGGAAUAGAAACAUUGGAUAAUACACAGAUGUUGCCUGGAGGUGACAAUGAGAGUAAAACCAUAAUGCACGAGUUGUUGGAUUCAGUUGAACAGACUGACACUGGACAGGAGGUUGAUCUGGCCAUCAAGAUGAUGUUCAACUAUCACGUGAACUCCAAUGCUGAUGCGAUACUUCGGGAGAUGGAGAAAGAAACUGUGCCAGCACUUGUCAGCCAUCCUGGUGAACAAGUAAUGUGGGAUACUGACCACAAAGUGCGGAAGAAAAAGUUACCACCUCAUCCAAACAUCGUGACAAUGUUGGGAUUGUUUGUGGAUCAGGUCCCAAACCUUCUUGAUAACGUGUUGAACUAUCCUGCCGCCUUGCCGCAGAGAAUCCACGCUGAGGGAAUAGGCAGAAACAUGACUCUAUUUCUAGUUAUGAAGAAGUACCCAACGACCUCACUAUGAAAGAGAUGCUGGCUUUGUUUACCCAGUUACUGGAGGGGGUCGCGCACAUGUGUUCUCACGAGAUCGCCCACCGGGAUAUGAAGUGUGACAACAUCCUACUGGACAUUGACGCAGAUGCCCGUCCUAGAAAUAGCACCCAAAGAUUGUUGGAAGUUCCUAAGAAAUUGAAAUUUAAUUUAGGACCAUAAUGAAGUUUUAAAGCCUUCAUUUUAAGAUUCUAAUGAGCAGCAACCAACAUUAACACGCAACAGACUGCAAGUUACUUGCAGGCUGUUCUGGUUUAAUUCUGGUUGUAUAUAGCAAUAUACACUUUUCCUCUGAGCGGGAAAGAAUUGAUAAAAACUGGUAUAUCAGUUUUACCUUUCUAACUGUAUUAUGAGUUAUGGCUACACAUAUAUAUAUGGAAUCUUGAUUUCAUGACAUCUGAUCUGCUUAAUUAAUUGAAAUGUUUAAUUAUUUUUAAAAUAAAUAAUUUCGUUUCUUUUUUGUUGUUGAUAUUUUGCUGCCUGAAAUUUGAUUUCCUACAUUAUGUGUACUGCACAGGCUUAUCUAUGAUGAGACAUAAUGCACAUGCAUUACGCCCUGUUUUCUCACAGUUUGUUUAUAUUAUUUUUGUUAACGCCAGAAAAUUUUGUCAUUCAUUGUUUCAGUUUAAAACUGCUUUUUUCAGAUGGUACCCCUAACCUGGUGAUAAGUGAUUUGGUUGCUGUCUGGCAGACGACACAUAUGGCUUUGUGUUGCCCUACACCACUGAUCUUAUAGACAGGGGAUGCAACACUGCUCUCAUGGCACCAGAGGUAGCUACAGCUGAACCUGGCAGAUUCGUCCAGUUGGAUUAUCGGAAGGCGGACGCAUGGAGUGCAGGCGCCGUAGCGUAUGAGGUCUUUGGGGCAGACAACCGUUUCUACAACAUUGGCCAUGGGAGGCUAGACAGUCGCAGCUAUAUGCUGGACGAGUUACUCCCCUUGUCUGAUUAUGUGCCUGAUGUAGUGCAGAGAGUGGUGGCCGCCCUGCUGGAAAGAGAAUCAAAGAACGUGCAAUGUGAAAUAUUGGCCUUGUUCUUGAAUAACGGGGAUUACAUGUAACUAAUGUGUGUUAAGUGGCGUAUCAGAUUAGCCUGUGCACUCACAUUUAUGACUCAAUAUUGAUCAAACUUAGUCAGAAUGUUUACCUCGACAAUGUUUGAAUAUGGGUCGUGUGCAUUCAAAACGUAUGUCCCCAGGUCAAAUGUUAGAAGAAUAUUGUGUCCAUUCUUGAUGGCACAAUUAUACAGAGACCCACUGCACGGCAGGCAGCAGACAUUGUUCACCUUUUGCUCUUGGCGCCUUCCGAUUGGUUGUUACCAUGCGGCGGGAUUCCAAGGUCAACGAUCAGGUGGUGGAUUGUCACCAUGGCAACAGACGUUCACCUGGGGAAGAAGUCAACGCUGCGAGAGAUGAAAGGUGUUUCCUGGACCACUUGAACAUCAACAGCCUAUUGAAUGCUUUCAGUUACGGUGGGAUGAACAUUAUCAGUAAAUAAAUUUAAUGAUGGGUAGGAGUUACAUUUUUUUAGAUAUUUAGUAAGCUUUCAUGUGUUUUUGUGCUGUCUUUUAAAAGAGUAGUGACAUUUUGAUUGAAGCUUUGCUCUGGAAAAUCAGGUCUUAAAUGUUGUGCUAUAAGUGUCUUCUCAGAUUAUCCUGUGCAGUCCGCAUAGGCUAAAAGAGACACACUAUCUGUUUGAUUUGAUUGUUUUUUAAAAAAAGAUUUUUUUUAACCGAAAAAGUCCAUCAAAGCAGAAAGUUUCAUGCCUGAUUAUCAUACUUAACGCGCAUGCAUUUAGCCCCAUUUUCCUAGAGAGCACUUCAUUAAGAUGGCAGUGUUCAGGAAAUAGAAAGAAAAAGAGACAUUAUAAGACCAAAGAAUCAAGUUACUGGAGAAACAUUACAACGAGAGCGCCGAUGGCGUUGAAAGACUAUUUGAAAGAUAGAGGGAAAUAGUUCCUUCUGUGAAUGUUUCUAAACCCUUGUAAGUGAAAUUUUCUAAGACCAUUUUCAGAAAAGAAAAUAUAUUGCGUUUGUAAAAAAUUAUAUUUCUUCUUUUAACAAUCAGCCAAAAUUGAUAACAGGGCGAAGACACGUGAGUAGCAGAAUUAAAGAACGAGGCUUAACUUGUAUCCAUUUAUAAUAGUUCCACGCAACGCCGCGUCUGAUUUCAACCAUUCACUGUUUUGAACAUUCUGCGACGUAAUGGUCUUGUCAACAAAAGAUGAGAUUGUCAAAAUUAGCAGUAAUGUGUACUCCCCAUUUUAAUUGUUAUUUCAUUAAAUAAAUGUUCUUGAUUGAA